AUGAGUGGCGCCGAUGUUGCAGCAGAGGCUGCCGACGUCACCACAAGUACGCAGGGCAGAGUUGACAACCUGGAGAGCAAAGUUUCAGGCCUGACGGACGAGGUACAGCAGCUGGCUGGGCUGCUUCGAUCCGCCCUCGGAAAGUUAGAGAAGGAGGGGGAGUCCGGCGGCGCUGGGGUGGGCGCUGUCGUUACGGGCGAUGCGCCCACCCGCGGCAACGGCAACGGCAACGGCGGUGGAGACGGCAGCAGCUACGGCGGCCGUCGUAGGGGCCGGUGCUACUGGUGCAAGAGGCGAGGGCACCAGUCGGUCUCGUGCACUACCCCCAUCGCCGACUUCAUGACCCAGUGCGAGAACUGCGACGGGUAUGGACACGAUAAGAGCAAGUGCCCGUCGGCGAAGGACGAGAAGGAGGUGAAGGGCGAGACAGCGGUCAUGGCGGUUGCGGUGGCGAGCGAUGACGAGGAGCUGGAUGUGGCACGUGAGGCCUUGUAAGAAGAGGCGGGGGAAAGACACAAUAUCCGCGCUGGUCACUACGCGCGCACCAUCCACACACAGCAGCAGUAGGAGACGGUGAAGAUAGCACCAUUGCAACAGCGUGGAAGGGUGGAGACACAAAAAACCGGCCGCAAGGCCGUGUGCCCCAUGGCCGCGACGGAAGGGGCGUGGGGGGGGCAAUAUUGAGAAGGAUACGGCGAGAUGGCCGUGCGCCCAUAGCCGCGACGGGAGGGGCGUGGGGGGGCAACAUUCAGAGAACACGGCGGUAGGGCCGUGUGCCCACAGCCGCGACGGGAGGGGCGCGGGAGGGCAACAACUAAAUAACACGGCGGUAGGGCCGUGUGCUCGCAGCCGCGACGGGAGGGGCGCGGGAGGGCAACAACCAAAUAACACAGCGGGAGGGCCGUGUGCUCGCAGCUGCGACGGGAGGGGCGCGGGAGGGCGACAAUCAAUGCAGCUCCAUAGCGCGUCGGGAGGGCGUGGGGGGGAGGCAAACAUUAGCCCCAUGGCGCGUCGGACGGAGCGUGAGGGGGAGAGAAAAUCGAAGCAGCCCCGUGGCGCAUCGGAAGGGGCGAGAGCGGGAACCCCGCGGCACGUCGGAAGGCGCGUGGGGGUAGGGUACUUGCAUCGUGGUGCUACAACGGGAACUCCUUUUGUGGCGAGGCUACAGGCCGGGACGAGCGCUGGGAGGGGAGGAACACGCAUCACAGCGCUGGAUUGUGGCACUUCUUGGUGUUUGAUGGUAUUCGUAGCGAAGUUGGUAAAUCCUCGUGAGUUGUCAUGACUGUACUUUGGUUGAAGAGCCAGGGAGGGUGUUCCGUGUUUCUCGUAGGCGUUCGCGCCCACAUGUUCAGUAUUUCCUGAUAGUCAUUCGGUUGAGACCCUCAUUGAUUGCGGCUACGUGGUGCCGUUCUCUAGGUUGCGCAAUGUGCAGGAAGAUGGGAUACUGUUGGAACCGCUGAAGGAACGUAGGAGGAAAAAUUGGGACACCAGUGCUGUACUCCACGAGAAUAGAGGAUUGCCGAAUGCGGUGCCGGUUGUGUGUGGCUCAGGAAAUGUUGGAUGAGUGCCUUCCGCCCCGGUGCGCUGUAUUUCAUCAGCGAGGGGCGGCGAUUUCGAUGUUUGUCUGACGUUUGUUUGAAGAACAAACAGUAGUGCAGCCGCAUUGUAGUUGUUUGAACCAACUCCUCAGGAUAGUCUUGCACUUUUAAUGCUUGCCAAGCGUUGGGAUAGGGCAUUUGAUGGAACGGUGAAUAUUGGUGGGGGUUUUGACCCGGAGGCCGGGUUUCCCCCUGUUGAUUUUUUUUCGCUGGUUUUUUGUCCGUUUGGAUUUUUGGUCACAUCCGGCGUGUGAAUGCCCACUAAGUGGCUAGUUACUAGCGUAAAGAACCAGGGAG